GUUGAACGUUCGUUCAUUACAAAAGUUUCAUUUGUUCACGUUGUUCGUCAUGGUGACGCCAGUUGGAAAAUAUACCAUGGAAAAUUCAUGUAACAAUGGUAAUCUAGACAAAGAUGAAGAUGAUGAUGAUGACGAUGAUGAAAUCAGUUUGAGUUCUGAUGAUGAAAUCAAAUUAAAUAAUGAUUUAGACAAAAAGAAUUCACAAUCUGUAUGGUUUCGUGCACAAAAACGUAUAGUUGGUCGAGUCUUAAAAAAUGAUCAAUCUAUCAAAUCAAUCAUUGGUAAAAGCGCUUACAAAUCAUUGAAAGCUUUAUAUACUUUAAUGAAAUUACAUAUGAAAUCAGAAACUGAUGUAAAACAAUUAUAUAAACAUUUAAUUAAAACAAUUGGUAAAGUUGGAGUAAUAUCAAAACAACGUAAUUUAAGCGAAGAAGAUUAUACAAAUAUACAAGAAAUUAAAGAGAAAAGUCGUACAAUUGGUUUAACAUUAAUAAGUUUUGCACAAACUGAUUAUACUUAUAAUUAUAAUUUUAUUAAAGAACAAUUAGAUAAUUGUAAAGAUUUAAUAUGUCAAGCUGUUUCCCCAUAUUUAAGUCAAAAAUCUAUUGAACGUAUUAAACAUUUAUUUAAUGUAUUAAGUUCCAGUGAAUUUCUUGAUUCUGUAUAUGAUCAAACAGCUGAUGAAACAAAGAAAGCGUGCCUUCAAAAUUUAGUCUACCGUUUAAAUGUUUUAAUGGAGCGAAGCAAAUAGUGUUGUGGUUGUUGUUGUUGUUUUUGGGUUCACUUAUCAAAGUCAAAUAACUAAUGAGCUUUUGUGAUCUCAACCAUUGUGACACUUGUAUACAUUAACUUCCAAACAAAAUAUCGAAAUAUAUAUAUAUAUAUAUAUAUAUAUAUAUAUAUGUAGGUAUAUGUGAUGUCUUUUAUUUACCUAGGCUUCAGAAUGUUCAGUAAUUUUUUUUACAAUAUUUGUUAACCACCUACAGAUCUAUGUUUAUCCAAUUGAUAAUUUUAUUUUGAAGUGUGAUUAUCUUUUCUACCGUUAAUUAUUCUAGUGUAUGAUGCAUAUUAUUAUUAUUAUUAUUACCCAAACUAAUCAAAUAAUAUUCAUUGUAAUAAUGAAUCGAAUCAGUUAUACAAUUUUGCCCUUGUCUCUAUACUUUCGAUAUGUCCUUCAUCAUUGUUAAUUACUUGUAAAUGUGUGUUUGCGCAUGUACAAGAGAAGAAAAAAAAACUACGUUUUUUAUGUAAUUUUUACAUAAAUGAAUAAAUAAAUCCCAAAUUAUAUUUUUGUUUGAAUUAGACAUCUCCUGGUAUUUGUUAUUGUCAUUUAUUAUAAAUUAU